GAAUCCCUAACCAGUUCAUUAGAAGACCGAGAACGAUAUCGCUUUUGUCAAACUUGGUGUGUUAAUGGAGUAUUUGAUACUUGAGUCCCUAAUUUAAUUUGCUAGGGAAAGCUACGGUUGGACCAAAAUCAACCAGUACCUACUUGAAACCGAGUGAAAAAACCUACUACUCCCACUCCCAGUGACUGAGUGAAAAACCACAACCUAGAAAGAAAUGAAGAAAAUAGAGCACUCUGAACAAAAAGCAACGGAACCAACCAAAAAGGAUUCAAAGGGCAACAAACAAGAAGGCACAGACUCAGAGUCAGAGCAAUACCAAAACGAAGAAAAUCAACUCCACACGCUUUCGGAACCAUCACCAUCCUUCUCUCUCCGUUCCCGCAAAUCCCCUUCGCCACCACUCCACUCCCUCUCUGACUCCCCCAUCUCCGAUGCCCACCUCUCCCCUGCGCCGCAGAAGCCGCCGCCCGAUUCCUCGCCGGACUCCUCGAUCUCCGACGGCCACUUCACGAUCGGUGAACAGCGCCUCUCCCCGGCGCCGCCGACCGUGGUGACGGCUCAUCGGUUGAAGGUGGAGCCCGCGGUGUUGACCAGGGUCGAUCCCGGCGCCGAAGAGGGUUUCGUGAAAGACGUCGAACAAGCCACCGGCAGCGCCGGUAGUCGACGCCUCAGACCGGAUAUGACCGGUUUGUUGAGGUCGAAAAAAAUCGCCACGUGGAGCAAGCUCUUGCUGGGUCUUCGAGUAACCGCUUUUGUUUUCUGCUUGGCGUCUUUCUCGGUGUUGGCCACUGAUAAGAAACAGGGCUGGGCUAUCGACUCUUUCUAUUUAUACAAGGAAUUCAGGUAUAGUUUGUCAGUGAAUGUUAUUGGGUUUGUGCAUUCCGCGUUGCAGAUAUGUGAUCUUGGGCGGUACUUUGCAACGGGAAAGCACUUGGUGGAGCACCAGCUAAGGGGUUAUUUCACUUUCGCGCUGGAUCAGAUCUUGACAUACCUUCUAAUGUCAGCAUCAUCAUCGGCUGCCACUAGAGCUUAUGAUUGGGUUUCCAAUUGGGGUGAGGACAAGUUCCCCUACAUGGCAAAUGCAUCUGUGGCUUUGUCCUUGGUUGCUUUUGUGGCCUUUGCCUUAGCCUCUCUUGUCUCUGGUUCUAUUGUUGUAAGGUUCACAUAAUUUAUACAUGUACUAUGUAUGAGGUGUGCAAACUCUUAUCUGAGAUACUGGAUUAAGCUUUAUCCUUUCUCGAUUGAAAAUCGUCCCAUAUUUUCAGAAGGCAGACUCACUUUGUACAGAAGGGAAACUCACUUUAUUUCUCUGUCAACUUUAAUUUGUAUAGAUGCAGGUGGAUUUACAGCUUGCUGAACUGGCUUGUAUAUGAACUUUUGCAUUAUUGAGAUGGUAUUAAGCUUACUUUUUUAUCUGA